UCAAAUACCAAACUCCUGCCGUUGUCCCAGUUAAUCUCAGGGACAUGAGCCUGGCAGCAGGGACUCCCAAGAUCCGGCUGAGGGACGGGAAUCAAAUCCCUCUACUUGGACUAGGCACGUAUGGAGAUCCCAGAACGACCCCCAAAGGCACCACGAAGGAGUGUGUGAAGCUAGCCAUAGAUGUGGGCUACCGGCACAUCGACGGGGCUCUGGUGUAUUUUAAUGAACAUGAGGUGGGUCAAGCCAUUCGAGAGAAGAUUGCCGAUGGGACGGUCAAAAGGAAGGACAUUUUCUAUUGUGGAAAGCUGUGGAACACCUUCCAUCCACCAGAGCUGGUGAGGCCGGCACUGGAGCGGACCCUGGAAGCCCUGAAACUGGACUACGUCGAUCUGUACAUCAUUGAGCUUCCUAUGGCCUUCAAGCCUGGAAUGGAGUUCUAUCCUAAAUAUGAGAAUGGAAAAUACAUCUAUCACCAUACAGACCUCCUUGCAACAUGGGAAGCUUUAGAGGACUGUAAGGACGCGGGGUUGGUCAAGUCUCUGGGAGUUUCCAACUUCAACCGCAGACAACUGGAACUGCUGCUGACUAAACCAGGCCUCCGACACCGGCCAGUCUCCAACCAGGUUGAAUGUCAUCCGUACUUCACACAGCCCAAACUGCUGGAUUACUGUCGUCAGAAUGACAUCGUGAUCGUGGCCUACUGCCCCAUCGGCAGCUCCAGAGAUCCAUCCUGGGUGACUUUAAAAAGUCCUCCUCUGCUGGAAGAUGAGCUGCUCGUGUCCAUCGGGAAAAAGCACAACAAGAGCAGCGCCCAGGUGGCGCUGCGCUUCAACGUGCAGCGAGGCGUGGUGGUCAUUCCCAAGAGCUUCAGCCCCGAGAGAAUCAAACACAACAGCCAGAUAUUUGAUUUCUCGCUCACUGAGGAGGAAAUGAAGGCCAUUGAAGCGCUGAACAAAAACGUCCGUUUUGUGGAACUGCCAAUGUGGAGCGACCAUCCCGAGUAUCCAUUCCAUGAUGAAUAUUAACCUCAUCCUGCUUUGUUUGUGUGGCGUGGAUUAUUUUGUGACAUGGGUAAAUUUCACAUGAGCCCUGCAAACCAUAGCUUCUCUCUGUACGUAUAUCUUACCGGCAUCAAGUACAUCCACGGCCAGCACGGAAUCCGCAUUGUUCCUCUUGGAUCCGAGGUUCGACAAUCGGUCGGAGCCUCCUUUCCAGCACCCUAGAGUAGACUUUCCCAGGGAGGUUGAGCAGUGUGAUGCCCCGAUGAUUGGAGCACACCCUCCUUAUUUGUUCGUAAUAACGCCAAUUUACCCACACCUACACAGUGUGGUCUGGCUGGUCUGGCACGUCAGGAUAUAUACACCAGGUCAGGUCAUGGAUUCAUAACAUUAACUUGUUGUCUGAGUUGGUUUUCAGUGUUAAUAGUCACUCCGGAGUACAGAACCGUGAGUGUGACGUCAUAGCAUAGCCUGUGUAUUGAUAAUGAUAUUGUACAUCUCAAGAGAAAACACUAGAGUGCGCCGCCUCAUAAUGAAUCAGGAACGUUCCGGUCCUGCAGACUGGUUUUUCAUGUCGUCAUCCUCGUGGAGACGCUUUUGGCCUGAGACCAGCCAAACAUUUUAUGCAGUAAACUAAGCAAUAAAUUAUCACUGCCUGUCAAAAAGUAAGAUAAUUAACAAUCCUUCCUAUAUUUUGUAAUCAAUGCAGUAUUCCUCAUUUUCUUCCAUCAUGGCCUAAAUGAAAAACAUUAUUGGAGUGAUAUUUUGGAAUACAGUUAAAUUGUUGAAUUGUUUUGACUCAAAAGUAUGAAAAUAAAAAUGUUCUUCUCUAUUA